UGCGACAGCUAUCGCAGAGCUAGAUUUGUUUACGUUUCGUUUUGUAUUCGUGCGUCGCUUGAAGUCUCUCCUAUCCCAUUCUGUAAUUUACUUAAAAAUAAUUAACAAUUUUUAAUUUAAACCUAUAAUAUCGCAGUAAGUCAUGGAUCUCAACCGGGUACCGAACGAGCGCAAACUGUACCUCUGCAAAUGGUAUUUCAAAGUCGGAUUCGCACUUUUGCCAUUCGUGUGGGCUAUCAAUACGGUGUGGUUCUUCAGUGAAGCCUUUCGGAAACCCGCCUACGAUGAGCAGAAAGAGAUACGUAAAUAUGUAAUCUUUUCCGCGAUCGGAUCACUCAUAUGGUUUACCUUAAUCCUCACAUGGGUGAUGACGUUCCAACUCAAGCGGACAGAAUGGGGUGACUUCGCCGAUAGCAUAAGUUUCAUCAUUCCCCUUGGACGCGCGUAAUGCAGUCAACACAUUAUUCAUUAAUAAAGUUUUUUAGAAUAAUUUGAAUAAAACACUACAUAACUCAUAA